AUGUGGCGGCCAUGGGAAAGUGAUAUGCAUUUACCUGACGAAAAUGAACCUACGGAUAAUUUAGAAGAUGAAGAUGAAAGUGCGGGGUCAAGUACUCAGCAAAGGAAGAAUUUGUGUGUAGCUGAGCAAAAUAUGGUGUUAGAUGUAUUUGACGGACUUUCUAAAAAAAUGAACAGAUAUGAAGCUGUUAAGCAAACAGCGAUAUUAACCAAAAUUUCUUGUGCAACAGUGUACAGUUUAAUAAAGACAGGUUCGAAAAGUAGAAAAACAAGAAAGGAUUUGGGAAGCUCUAAAAAAAUUCAACCUCACCUCUUGGAACCAAUUAGUGAGACAAUAUAUAAUAUGUAUGCAGCUAAAAUUAUGCCUAACCUAAACAAUAUCAUGGCAAAAUUAAAAGAAAAACAUAUGGUUCAUGAUUGUUCCACAAAGACUCUGGGACGAUUUUUGACCAAAAAUGGUUUUAAAUAUAAAACUGUCAAUAAGAGACAAACCAUAAUGGAAAGUAGCCGCCUAAUAAAAUGGAGGAAUGAAUAUAUCGAAAAAAUUUUACAAUACCGCAGUGAGUGUCGAGAAAUUUAUUAUCUGGACGAGACUUGGUUUGAUUCCCACGAAACGAUAGAUAAAGCCUGGACAAACGGUUUAAGCAAAUGCCAAAUAGAUGUACCCCAUUCUAAAGGCAAGCGAAUUUGCAUAUUACAUUGCGGAGGACAACAUGGAUGGGUGAACGAUGCGUUAUUGUUGAGUUCCAAAAGUAUUAAAGACAGUUCUCUAGACUACCACCAAGACAUCGAAGGGACGCUUUUUGAAUCGUGGUUUGAGAAUACAUUACUCCCAAAUUUAAAAGCAAAUAGCGUGAUUGUUAUGGACAAUGCAUCAUAUCACUCCAGAUGCAUUAAAAAAAUUCCAACCAAACAGAGUAGAAAGGAUUAA